CCUUCGGUGUAUUGACGAGGCCUUCGUGGCGCAAAGUUUUAACCAAACUGAAGACGAAGCCAAGGUUUCGAAUAAUUUGGCUACGGCUGGAAAUAACACACGGAUCUAUGGGAAGUGGCUGCAGCCGCUUCCAUAGUCGCGUGUGUAGUGUUUUACGUCCACCUCGUUACCGGUGACUGAUCCCGUAAUUUUGGAUGUGUAUUUGGUACCUUAAGGGCUAUCAGCCCUGGGAUCAAGGAAGCGGAUUCGUCUCCUUACAGUCAGGUACCCCUGAUAUUAUUGAUAACUUUCGUACUUGAUAAUGCUUAUGCGAGCCUGGGAACACUCUAGCGCUAUUUUGUGUAUUUCGCCCAUUUCGUUCCCAUCCUUUAACGUGUACGCCAAGUCCUAUAACGUUGUGAAGAGGAAUUGCAACUUUUUCUCAGAUAUUCCGCCAACAAUGGAUGCUGAUGGCUUGCCUCUAGUUGGUCCAGGGGUUGAUCUAACAAAGGUUGGAGCAAUUCAUCCCAAGCGAAUGUUGGCCUUUCUGAACCACUUUGUCACCCACACAACCAGAUUCCUCAAUAAGUUUUCAUGCGUCUGUGAGCAGAAACUGUCAGACUUGAAUACAAGAAUACAAAAGUUAGAGGUGACGAUGAACAUCCUUGAAGCUAAGCUAGCAUCCAUACCUGGUCUGGAGGGUGUGACUGUUGAGGUGCCCCCAGCCCCUGGACCAACUCCAGAGUCUCAACCUGCUGCAGCAGCCAACUUGCCAGCCUUGCCUCCGUCGGAAGAGCAGGAUCUUCCAGCAGUGGAGGCUGCACCAGAGGCUCCGCCCACAAUGACCGUGUCCCAGGACCCACGCUAUCUGAAGUAUUUCAAGAUGAUCAAUAUGGGUGUACCUGUAGGUGCACUGAGACAGAAACUCCUACUGGACGGACUUAACCCCGACUUGCUUGAUACUCCCAAUGCUCCUGCACCCCCUGCUGUACAAGACGAUUCCGACUCCGACUUCAGCGAGAGCAGCGAAGAACCAGAAGAGUUCAGUGACUAGACUGAAAAUCCCCUCAGACGGUUAAAUCACUCUCCAUCCAAAGUAACCAAAACAAAAAAAAUAUGGGUUUUAAUUCAUGUCAAAGAUUGUAAUGCAUUUUUAGUCAGUAUCACAUAAACUGGUCAACAGGUUUAACUGCCAAUAUAUUUCAGUGGCUUUAUCCUCUUUUUGUUAUUGGUUUAGAAAUGUGUUCCCUGUGCUCUACCACAAAUUAAUCUUUUUUUUCUAUUAAUAAAUUUCAACAAAAAAACCUUCCUUUUUCCUUUUUUGGAUAUCAGCUGUGCUCUUUUCUCAUGAGUGCCCUUUUUUUACGUCCCACAUUUUAUAUUAUCUAUAAGCUUUUUUUUCGGGAUGAAACUCGAAAAUAGCAUGGGGAACAUAACUUUAAAAAACAAGCUUUUGGCUGAAAUGUAUGUUAAAAGUUCUCUCAAAUGCAAUCAUAUUAUUUUCCCUUUUGUUACAGCUGUUUUAUAUUGACUGCCACAUGUAUGACUAACAAAAUGUGACACUUGCCAACUAUUUAAUUUCUCCAGUUACUUUUUAAAAUGAAAUUUGUUGGCAUUGGGAGUAAGAGAUCCUUAAUUUUGGACACCCACUCUACAAAUGGUGAUGAUAACUAGUAGGUCAAUUGUCAGUUUUUCAGAAGUUUGAAUAUCAACUUUUGUAUGCUUUUUAACUUCUUUUCCUUCAAAUUGUUCAAAAAUAAUGUUCUUUUUAUCGGCGAUUGCUUAAAGAUAAGUAAUAGGUAAAGCAGCAUGAUACACAAAAGGAGCCGAAAAUGUAAAAAAAAAUUAAAAUAAUAAUUUUAAGAGAAACCAAUUGUCAUGAAUUUGGAAAUGCUGUAAACAUAUCUGUCAUGAAUUUGGAAAUGCUGUAAACAUAUCUAUCUGUUAACUGGUCUGCAUGUGUAUUGAUGAGAAGCAAAAGCUGAGCCGUUACAUUGGUAGCUUUUUGUUUGAGGUAAAUUAUAUUAUUUGUAUUAAUGGUAAUAAAAUUACAAAGGGAACUGAAUACCUUGCUUCGCAAACAUUAAGGUUGCCAGCUUUAAUGCAAUACAUCAUAAUGUUCAAUGUAUAUUGCUUAUAUGCUAAUUUCGAAUUAAACUCUCCAAGCAAACUCAAUUGAAAUGACCUCAAGAAAAGUUGCACUUGAUUUCACAUUAUCAUUCAUCAAAUCAAACAAAAAUUUCCCCCAAAAAUGUGAUUCAAGUGAAUUUACCAUUUCCCACUACUAUAAAGGUCCUAUUAUUUUGUUUUCUUCAUUUGAGUUUAAAGCAAGUAUAAAAUACCUUAAAUUUUAUAAUGACCUUUAUAUAUACAUGUAUGUACAUAGUAAAACAGAUUGUUAUAUAGUAUUAUUGUAAUCAAGAAUAAAGAGUCAUCAUAAUAUGUAUAUCAAAAA